AUUAAAAAGAGCCACCACAACCAGACUGUAAGCAUUUCUCUCUCAUCUUCUUCACCAAGAACAAACUCUCUCUCUGGAUUGUUGCAUCAAAUCUGAUAAUUUCGUUAAGAAAUCUUUCAAAAUCACCUCAAAUUUUCCACCACUCACUUGCCGUUGCCGUUGCCGGUGAUAUUUUCCGGCAAUGUGGAAGUUUCAGCCACUUUUCUGUCUCCUACUACUCUGCUUCACUGCCUUGACUGAUGCUCAAGGAUCUGGCGAUAACACGACCAGCUUAUGGAAGACCUUAGACGGAAAGCAACCUUUGGUGGUAGCACGUGGUGGCUUUUCGGGGCUUUUUCCCGAUUCAAGUAUACUUGCCUAUAAACUGGCUGGUUUAUUUAGUUUACCCACUGUGGCCUUCUGGUGUGAUGUGCAGCUGACAAAAGAUGGUGCUGGUAUUUGUUUUCCGGACCUUACUCUGCAAAAUGGUACUGACAUUGAGUUUGUUUUAAAAAACAAAGAGGCCACAUACACUGUUAAUGGAAAAUCGGUUCAAGGAUGGUUUUCGCUGGACUUUUCCCUCAACGACUUAUCAAACAUCAUUUUAACCCAGGAAACCUUAUCUCGAUCUCCAUCUUUUGAUGGAAAUCAAGGGUCAAUUCUUACGGUGCAAGAGGUGAAUAAUUUAAGGAAUGGGCAAGGACUAUGGCUGAAUAUUCAACAUGAUGCAUUCUUCAGCCAAAAUAAGUUGAGUAUGAGAACCUUUAUACUUUCCACAUUGAGAACUACCGUAGUAGACUACAUCUCUUCACCAGAGGUCAGCUUCUUGAGGAGCAUAGUAGACCGCAAACCCCCAAGAACAAAGCUUGUUUUCAGAUUUCUUGAAAAAGAUGACAUUGAGCCUUCAACCAACCAAACUUAUAGCACUUUGUUGGGAAAUCUUACCUUCAUAAAGACAUUUGCUUCCGGGAUUCUUGUUCCUAAGGGUUACAUAUGGCCACUAACUACUGAUCAAUAUCUACUGCCGAGUACAUCGCUUGUUUCUGAUGCUCACACAGCCGGUCUUCAAGUAUUUGCAGCAGAUUUUUCAAAUGACAUUACUUUUGCCUAUGAUUUCAGUUAUGACCCUCUUGCCGAGUAUCUGAAAUUUAUUGACAAUGGUGAUUUCUCCGUUGAUGGCGUGCUUUCUGACUUUCCAGUGACUCCAUCAUCAGCCAUAGAUUGUUUCUCUCACAUAGGCAAAGAUGAUUCAGGACAAGAAAAUCCUUUGAUCAUCUCAUUAGGUGGAUCAAGUGGAGACUAUCCUCCUUCUACUGACUUGGCAUAUGAUAAAGCCAUUGAAGAUGGUGCAGAUAUAAUUGAUUGCAUUGUUCAAUUGACAAAGGAUGGAAUUCCAAUUUGCUUAACUAGCAUAGAUCUUACAGUGGUAACAACUGCUGCUUCUACUUUGACCAACAUAACAAUCUCUAUACCAAAACUUAACAUAGUAAAUGGAAUACCCACCUUCAAUGUCACAUGGAGCGACAUACAAAAACAACAGCCCUUUCUAGUCAGCCCAUAUCAAGGAUCGGCAUUAUUUCGGAGCCCAAAAGAGCUAAAUGCUGGAACAUUCCUGACCCUCUCUGAUUUUCUGAACAAGGCGGAGAAUUCCAGCACUAUUUCUGGUGUACUGAUUUCUAUAGAGAAUGCUGUCUACCUAGUUGAAGAACAAAAUCUAGAUGUAAUUGGUACAGUUCUCAGUACCCUGACCAAUUCAAGUUAUGGAAAAACUUCAAAGAAAAUUAUGAUUCAGUCAUCAGACAGUGCAGUUCUCAAAAAAGUCAAGGAGAGUAAUAGCGCUUAUGAACUGGUCUACAGAAUCAUACCUCUUAUUAGUACUGCUGAUAAUUCCUCCAUUGAGGACAUCAAGGAUUUUGCACAUGCUGUCACCAUAUCCAAGUCCUCUGUUUUCCCUUCUACAGCUCUGUACAUCAAUUCCAUGACGGAUGUUGUCGAAAAGAUGCAUGCAUUUGGCUUGAAGGUCUACGUACGAACCUUCAGAAAUGAGUACUUGUCUCAAGCAUGGGAUUUCUUGUCCGAUCCGACAAUCGAGAUCAACUCAUACGUCGUGGGUGCUGAAAUUGAUGGCGUCCAUUCAGAAUUCCCUGCCACAGCAGCUAGAUACAGAAAGAACCGAUGCUUGAAAAGGAAGCCAACGCCACCUUACAUGAGCCCAGUUCAGCCAGGUUCUUUAUUAGGGCUUCUUACUCAGUUGCCACCGGCUGAAGCACCUUUCCCGGGCCUGACAGAAUCUGAUGUGGCGGAGCCAGCUUUUCCACCCGUCACCUUGACAACUGGACCUGGAAACACGUCAAACCCAGCUCCAUCCCCAAGGCCAAAUGGGCAACCCAAAAUGGUUGCAGGAAAUAUUCUCAUUUCUUGGACUGUCAUAUUCUUUGCAGUUAUGUCAAUGUUCUGAGAAGUUGUGAGCCAUGGCAUCCAAGACUUAUUUUCCUUUCUUUUGGGGUGGGGGGAGGGGACAACAACCCUAUUUUUAUUGUAAUUUAAGUUAAGUAGUUGAGUGUUCAUUCAAGGGAUUCUAUAGUGAAAUCCCCCCCUAUUUGAUGUGUUGUUAUUAUUGUGUUGGUAAAUGGUAAUUCUUUUGUGUAGUAGUAUAUGUUGAAUAAUACACUUGAUGACAACAUUAGCUUGUAGUGACACUAUUUGUUUCUAUCUGAUUUCGGGUGAUCAAUAAUUGUCA